UAUGUACCCAGAUGCUACACUUCAAUUCAUCGAUCAAAUAUUUACAUACCUAUAUAUACUUCUAGCUGCAGCAAAUAAAAAUCAGAAAUAAACCAUCAUGCGAUUCUACUUCAACUUCUUUCCCACCUCGGAUGAAAAGGAAAAAGGAGCAGUCGGAGAUGAUAUCACCAUUGCAGCCGCGGAGGUGGCGGCGAGGGCAGUCCCGGUCUACUUCGACUUCUUUCCCACAUCGGAUGAGAAGGAAAAAGCAGCAGUCGGAGAUGAUAUCACCAUUGCAGCCCCGGAGGUGGCGGCGGAGGCAGUCCCAGUUGAGAGCGUUUCCACCGAACUCUGCCUUUCUCUGCACGCACCCCGGCCCUCUCCCACCAAGCUUAUCGAUAGUCUCGGCAGCCUCCUUCCGGAAGAUGAAGGUGGAAACCUGACACUUGGAUUGUCACAGCCAGGUUCCUGUACCAGUGCUCCGACCACUUGGAAAAGAAAGACGUCGUCUUCAUGCUCAGAGGCGACGCCCGAAUCCAAGCGGUCAAGAACUAAGGCAUCACCAAGAAGAGAAAGCAGAGAUGAGAAGGUGCACCAGAGCCCUUCUCCGAGAGCGGGUCUCGAAGAAGGAGGUGGGGAUGGGCUGUGGGUGAAGAAGAUGCUGAGCGCGAGCGACGUGAACUCAUCGUCUCGGCUUUUGCUGCCUAAGACAGAGAUCAUGGAUAGGUAUGUGUUGCCUUCUCUGGAUGAGGAGAAGAAGAGAUCAUGCCAUAGCGGGAUGGGACUGAGAGUGAAGGUGACGGACAUGGACCGCAACGAGAAAUACGAGCUGACCCUAUUGCGGUGGAAAAGCAAAAGCUAUGUGCUGACUAACAACUGGUCUGGAAAUUUUGUGAGACGGAGGCUUUUGAAAGAAGGAGACUCCAUUGAGUUGUCCUGGAAUACUCAAAACCUGGAGUUUCUCUUCCGCAAAUCCACAAACACCGAUGAUAAAGUUCCUCCAUCGACUUGACAAUUAAUUAGGCUUUGCUUUGACCGUUAUUUGUUCAAUUCAAUUCUUUUCUUUCUUUUUUCAUUUGUAAAUAUUUCAACAGAAUUAAAUGUUUGCAGUGUUUAUUUUAAUCAUAUACGGAG